AUGGGCUCCCAAACGUCCACGCCGUGUGCUGGAAAGAACAAGGCUCCAAACGCCAAUCGACCAUCAAUCAUCUUCAAAGAGGGUGAAUCGUUACCAGACUCUCAAUUAUCAUACACUUCAUACGUAAUGAAGUAUUCAACAAUUGUGAGUAACGAAACUCAAAAGAAAAAGAAGAAGAAAAAGAAAUCAAACUCUUCAUCAUCAUCAUAUUGGACGUUCAAAUCUAUGGACAUUACAGAUGACCAAUCAUCAUCAUCAUCAUCAUCAUCAUCGUCAUCAUCAUCGUCAUCGUCAUCGUCAUCGUCAUCGUCAUCGUCAUCGUCAACAACGUCCAACAAUAUGGACACUACAGAUGACCAAUCAUCAUCAACAACAACAACAACAACAACAAUAUCACCAAUGCUUUUUCAUGAAAUAUAUACUCUUAUGGCUGAAAAGUAUUGUGAUUAUUUCGAUAUCUAUUUCGAAGCCAUCAAUGAUCCAAUCGUACUAUCUUGGAAGAGGAACUUUGCUUUCAAAAAGCAAAAGUUGAACAAAGAGUUUUACCAACAAUUUGACAACUACAUUCUUGAUCUCUUUAAAGAUCAUUUCCCAACCAAGUAUGCAAGUAUGAACGAUUCUGAAAGGAAUCAGUACAUUCAAGACAAUACAAUCAUAUUUGCCUCGACCCAAUCGUCUUCGUCAUCAACAAAAAAGUUCGACUAUCGACACGGACAGAAUAAAUAUGGUCCAGAGAUUAGAAAAGCAAAAGACAAAAAGAAGAAAAUUAAAAUUUAA